UCAAACCGAGUCAAAUCUUCAUAUCAAAAACGUGUGUUUGCUUUCAAACAUUUUGUUUUAGACUUGCUUAUUUUUACUAUUUUGUGCAAAAUUACCGAAAAAAUUGUCACGCGAAAAUUUAUCAAACCGAGUCAAAUCUUCACAUCAAAAGCUGAAAAAAUGAGUUUUGAUAAAUGCAUGAAAGAGGGCGAAAGUAUAGAGCAAAAGGAUGUCGAGAACAAAUCUCCAGCCCUGGUUGAAAAAUGGUUAGAUAAAAGCUACGACGCAUAUUGCAAUGCAGCUUUGGCGGCUAUGAGCCGUACACAGAAAGAGAAAGCCCUUGCGAGCAUACAGAGGUCACUAGAAAGAAAACGGGUCUUUUACGCUGACAACCCGAGGAGGUGUGGCGACAUUAACGGGGUGAAACUAAGGAACAUCUCGAAAACGUUUUACUGGAUGAGCUAUCUCCAACUGGUUUCCGAUGAACGAGUUUCGGAUUUUGAGCAUUUAACGGACAAGAUUGAUUUGUUGGUGGACGAUUUUGAGGCAGCAGCUCCUGAAUUGAGCAGGGACUCAAUCCUUUCUGCUAUGGCUGAAGGCACCCACAAUUCAUCAGUUGCUGUAAAAGGCCUGAUUUUGUUCAAGAAAGCAAAAUUUUUCUUCAACAGUGGAGUUGUCUACGGCGAAUGUAACGAGGUAAAACUGGCAAAAUACAAUUUUGAGGAGAUUCAGCGCCCUGUCGAGGAGUUUUAUAGAGUCUUCAAUGAUGCUCAGAAAAUUUCCUCUGUUUCAUCAAAAGAUCGGCAGCAGCUUGAUGAAAUUAAAGAGGAGGUCAGAAUCUUAGAAGGCGAGACUCUCACUGAGAUGACUCAAGUCAUUGGACGUUUGUCGCUCGCCGCUGCAAACGAGAAGCACGAAGAGGUCAUGAAAAAUCAGGAGACUCUAGAUUUUGAAUUGGUGUACUACGUGUAUGAUUUGUACCACCAUGCUUUGUCACAAGUCCGUGAUAAAGAUGUUGAACUGGAGGCAGAAAUUUUGAGCAUAAUGGGGACUUAUCAAUUAAAGGUACUCAAAAUGCCCAACAGUAGAAACAAGGCAAAAAAUUACUACACAAAGUGCAUCGAACUGGCGUUAUCAUUGCAUCCCAAAAACGUGACCACCGAAAAAUGGUACAAAGAUGCUGAGGAUAACUUGCGCGACCUCCAAAAAGACGUCCUGAAAAGCGAGCAUGAAAAAGACAGCGAGGAAAAACAAAAGUACACAAAAGAAUUAUUGGAGGUUUCACAGUUCCUCGAUGAUCGAAGGUCACCUGCUGAUUACCAACUGAAAAAUGAAAUUCUAGCAAUCAUUGAGAAGUAUCCUCCGAAAGUGCAAGGAUUUGACGCAAAGAAUUUUGGGGCAUCGGAUGAGCAAGACUCUAAAAAAGUUUUACGAAAAGCGAUUCAAAUAUACCAUCCGGACAAACAGCCAAAGGAAGACAGACUGUGGUUCUGGACCAGCGAGAGAAUCACCAUGUUUUUGACCGAACUCUUGAGCAAGGUCAAAACAGGAAGUUCAAAUCACAAUUGAUUCAUUAACUGCUCUAUGAGAUAGAAAUAUUAUGAUAUUUUGAAAAAAAUCUGUUCAACAUGUCUCAACAGUUAUGUACAUAAAAGCCAAUUAAAUUACACGAUAACCAUUUGAGGCUUGCGAUUGUGCAAAAUAUUGAUGAAAAAAUAAUGCCUUAUAAAUUUUGCACAGGC